UAAAGCCCAAUCGACCAGAAAAUGUGACCUUCUUCUGGAAAGAGGACACUGUUACUGUAAGCUGUAAUAAACCAGAGAGAGCUGUGAAGUGUUUGAAACUUGAGCUUCAAUUCAAAAGCAAGUUUGACGAAGAGUGGCAAUCCAGAACUUCUAAGUGUUGCAGUGUUGGAGAGCAAGGCUUUGAUCCAAGGAAAUGCUAUUCUUUCCGGGUCAGACUGAAGAGGCUAGUACCCUACUGCAACGUAGUUAAUUACAACAGUGACUGGGAAGCAGAAACAUUUUGGAUGAAUGGCACAUUAUUAGAUUCAUGUGAUGAUGGUAUAAAAUCUCAGUCAAACACAGUAAUUGUUUUAAGUUGUUUGCUGGCGGUACUUCUAAUGAUCCUUAUCCUCUUGAUUCUUCUGUGUAAAUGGCAGAGACUUCAGAAGUCAGUUAUGCCUGCUGUACCAGAUCCAAAAUAUGUAUUUGCUGAUCUCUUCAGUGAUCAUAAUGGAAACUUCCAGGAAUGGAUAGACAAAACUGAUCAUGCAGUGGUGCAAACCAAGCUAGACUAUGAAGAGCCAGAGUGCCUAAUUGAGGCAGAAAGCCAGCAAGAAGAUGAGAAGAACAGUGACAAACAGGGGCCUCGGGAAAAAAUCUUCUCUUUUUCAGGAGCAGCUGAAAAUAAUGACCCCAAAGCAGCUCAGAUUGCCUGCCUGAUGCCAACAUCCAACACUAUAGCUUCUUUUCCUGGUUUCCAGAUUUUAAUGAAUGAUGACAUGUAUGUGAUGUUAUAA